CCGCAUCUUAUUAGCAACCAGGGAGAUUUCUCCAUUUUCCUCUUGUCUACAGUGCGGCUACAAAUCUGGGAUUUUUUUUUAUUACUUCUUUUUUUAAAAAACUACACUUGGGCUCCUUUUUUGUGCUCGACUUUUCCACCUUUUUCCCUCCUUCCUGCGCUGCUGCUUUUUGAUCUCUUCGACUAAAAAUUUUUUAUCCGGAGUGUAUUUAAUCGGGUCUCUUCUGUCCUCCUCGUCACCCCCACCCCCUCCCUCCGGUGUGUGUGCCGCCGCCGCUGUUGCUGCUGCCGCCGCUGCUGCUGCUCGCCCCGUCGUUACACCAACCCAAGGCUCUUUGUUUCCUCUCUUGGAUCUGUUGAGUUUCUUUGUUGAAGAAGCCAGCAUGGGUGCACAGUUCUCCAAGACCGCAGCGAAGGGAGAAGCCGCCGCUGAGAGGCCCGGGGAGGCGGCUGUGGCCUCGUCGCCUUCCAAAGCAAAUGGGCAGGAGAAUGGCCACGUAAAAGUGAACGGGGACGCGUCGCCCGCCGCCGCCGAGCCGGGCGCCAAGGAGGAGCUGCAGGCCAACGGCAGCGCCCCGGCCGCCGACAAGGAGGAGCCUGCGAGCGGCGGCGCCGCGACCCCCGCCGCGGCCGAUAAGGAUGAGGCAGCCGCGGCCCCCGAGUCGGGCGCCGCCACGGCCGACAAGGAGGCUGCGGAGGCCGAGCCCGCCGAGCCCGGCUCCCCCUCCGCGGAGACCGAGGGCGCGUCUGCCUCCUCCACGUCGUCCCCCAAGGCGGAGGACGGGGCCGCGCCGUCUCCCAGCAGCGAGACCCCGAAAAAAAAAAAGAAGCGCUUUUCCUUCAAGAAGUCCUUCAAGCUGAGCGGCUUCUCCUUCAAGAAGAGCAAGAAGGAGGCCGGCGAGGGCGCUGAGGCGGAAGGCGCGACCGCCGACGGCGCCAAGGACGAGGCCGCAGCUGCAGCCGGCGGCGACGCGGCCGCGGCCCCGGGGGAGCAGGCGGGCGGGGCGGGCGCCGAGGGCGCGGAGGGCGGAGAGUCCCGGGAGGCCGAGGCGGCGGAGCCGGAGCAGCCGGAGCAGCCUGAGCAGCCCGCGGCGGAAGAGCCAAGGGCCGAGGAGCCGUCGGAGGCCGUGGGGGAGAAGGCCGAGGAGCCCGCGCCGGGCGCCACCGCAGAUGACGCGCCCUCCGCUGCGGGGCCCGAGCAGGAGGCGCCCGCCGCCACCGACGAGCCCGCGGCGUCCGCAGCUCCCUCCGCGUCACCGGAGCCGCAGCCCGAGUGCAGUCCGGAGGCGCCCCCCGCGCCGGUGGCCGAGUAAGCUCCGGGCGCCCUCUUGUAAUUCAAGAACUUUUCCCCCCAAGUUUGUUUGUUGGAGUGGUGCCAGGUACUGGUUUUGGAGAACUUGUCUACAACCAGGGAUUGAUUUUAAAGAUUUUUUUUUUAAUUUUACAUUUUUUUUUUAAAGCAGCAAAUUUUGUUUUCUUUUAAAGCCCCCUUCCCCACAGAUCCCAUCUCAAAUCAUUGUUACCACCAUUCCGACAGGCCGAGGACGGUUUAGACAGCUUCCUCUGCCUUCUUUUGUUUUUGUUUUUGUUUUUUUUUUCUUUACUUUUACUCUUUUUUUUUUGCAUCAGUAUUAAUGUUUUUUGCAUACUUUGCAUCUUUAUUAAAAAAAUGUAAACUUUCUUUGUCAAAUCUAUGGACGUACCCAUAUAUGAAGGAGAUGGGUGGGUCAAAAAGGAAUAUCAAAUGAAGUGAUAGGGGCCACUAUGGGAAAUUGAAACAGUGCAUAACAUUGCCAAGAUAAUAUGCCACUAAAAACGACGGUGUAAAGGCUUAGGGGUUUCCUUCUUUCCUUUUUUUUUUUUUUAAAGAAAGUUAUUACGAUGUAUUUUGUGAGGCAGGUUUACAACACUACACGUUUUGAAUAAGAAGGAAAAAGAAAAGAAUUAAAAACACCAAUACCCAGAUUUAAAAAAAAAAAAUCAUAGUCUUAGGAGUUCAUCUAAACCAUAGGAACUUCCUGCUUAUCUCAUGUUAGCUGUACCAGUCAGUAAUUAUGUAGAACUACAAGUUGUAUAGGCUUUAUUGUUUAUUGCUGGUUUAUGACCUUAAUAAAGUGUAAUUAUGUAUUACCAGCAGGGUGUUUUUAACUGUGAUUAUUGUAUAAAAACAAAUCUUGAUAUCCUUCAGAAGCACAUGAAGUUUGCAAGUCUCCACCCUGCCCAUCUUUUUGUAAAACUGCAGUCAUCUUGGACCUUUUAAACACAAAUUUUAAACCCAACCAAGCUGUGAUACGUGGAAUGGUUACUGUUUAUACUGUGGUAUGUUUUUUUUUUUCUUUUUUCUUUUUUUUUUUUUUUUUUUGAUUACAGCAGACAAUGCUUUCUUUUCCAGUUGUCUUUGAGAAUAAAGGAAAAACAAAUCUUCAGAUGCAGUGGUUUUGCGUAGCACCUCGUCUCUCGUGUUUUGUAAAUACUGGAGGAUCUUUGACCAAUUUGACAUAGAGCUGGAAUGUAACGUUGCUUACAAACAUUGCUAUUCAACUCCUGCUUAAGGUGUUCUAAUUUUCUGUGAGCACACUAAAAGCAAAAAAUAAAUGUGAAUAAAAUGUACAAAUUUGUUGUGUUUUUUUAUGUUCUGAGGCUGACUUCUAGGUCUUAGGUUAACUUUUAGGGAGGCCUUGCAUGCCAUCAAAAGUACAUUUGGCUGUGGUUUUUGAUAAGAAGUUUUCAAGCUCUGGAAUUCAUAAUCAGUGUCAAAUUACAUAUGUGGGAAGAUCUUAUACUGUGUCGAUUGUUAUCAUUUAUCUGCUUUUAAUUUGCAUUUAAAACUGAAAAUUACUUUUACUGUAGUUAUGUAGCAUGCCAAAUUAAGCCACUUAAGACAGAAGUGGCUGGACCCUAAGACUAUUUCAUAAACUGUUUUCUUGUCAUUGCAGGUCCAGAAGCAAGAGUGUUGAGUUCAGACUGCACAUAAGUCAUGAAAAGAUGGCCAAACAUGUUUAAAUGUUGAUGGUUUAUAUGGUAUAAGCCUUAGCGUUUGGCUCACUUCCAAAUUAUUGUCGAAAUGUGCUAUACUUUACGGACAGGUUUCCAUAAGGAAGUAAUGGUGUUCAAUGGACAUAUUGUUAGUUUUGGACCAUUAGCAUAGCUUCGACCUUUUUUUUUUUUCUUUUGAAUCAAAGUGUUAGCAUCUUGUUACUCAAAUGAAAAGAUAAUCCUUUAUAUAUUAAUCCUUACUAGUUUACUUUCUGCUUAUUUUCCAGCUUAUAACUGGAUUUUUUUUACUGGACCCUAAACUGAUUCUUUUUUUAACUAUUGCUUUAUUAAAUGCAAAAUAGUCCACCUGUUGUGAUUUGAGCAGAGUGCCGGGUGGAGUUCAGGGUAAAGUUGAGCCACAUCUGUGGUGGCCUCUCAAUAUUCCAUCAUAUUAAGAAUAACAGCAUUAGCUUUUGGAUAAUGCUCCCUAAUUGAAAUAAUGGAUCAGAACUAAUGGUUCCUUUCCUUUCUAAACAGUCUCCCUGCUAAUGAUACCAAGUAACAUUUGAAAGAGUAAACUUGAUCCUGAGUUUCUUGAGUUCUUGGAAGAUUAAAGUCAAACCUGGUAACCAAAGGACUGAUUUGUGGGUCUUUCCCACUUUAACCAACUUGUUCGAAAACCCCUAGUUGGCCAAAUAUGGUGCCUGGUAUGUAGUAGCACUCAACUGAAAUGGGUUUUUAAAAAAGAAAAAAAAAAUAACUCCUGAACUGAGUAGUUAAAAAUACUGUGUAGAAAAGUAUUCUAUAUUGCUAGGUUUGUUCUUUUAACAGCUGAGAUUUAUUAAGAUGCAUUAUUUUGAUUUUAAUCACUGCCUAAAAACACUUUGGGUGGUACUGAUGGAGUGGUGGAUUUUCCUCCAAAUGGCUAAAUGCAAUUUGACAUACUUUUCAUCCAAAGUUUUGUACAUCCUGUUGUUUUCUAAUGGAAAAAAAAUGUUAAUAUGGCUUUUUUGUACUACUAAAAAUAGCUUUGAGAUUAAGGAAAAUAAAUAACUCUUGUACAGUUCAGAAUCGUGUUAUUAAGUCUGUAUUGGCAGUGUGUACAGUGACAUUUGCUGUGGUUAUGAACACUUAUCUGGAUUAUAAAAAGCAUUUGGUCCAAUUCCUAUUUCUUGUAAAAUAAAGUUUUACCAGUUGAUAUAAUC